CAAGUUAAAGCAAGCUUUGGAACUGCGGCAUCUCCCUCUUUCCUAAACACCUUCCACGCUCCAUCCGCGGUAAAUAUCCCACAUCAACUUUAUUUUCUUUUCUUUAUCGCAUCGCAUCAACACCCUGUAAAUUCAGCCCGACUUCUUCAUAGCUGUAUCGAAUUGGUCGCGCCAGUAUUCCAAUUCGUACCACUAUUUUCAGCUUACCAUAACAGCACAGUCAGGUUUUUUUUUAAACAAACAAAUUCGGCGCCCCGUACUGGGACCAAGAUCUCCCCUCCAAAGGCUGUAGUAGAGGUGCAAAACCCUUUGGUGGUGUUUUCUCACUGUCGCAUCGAAUUACUCGGCAUCGCUGGACAUUUUCAUCAUUCGUUCAAUCAUUACUACUUUGAAAAAGGACACUUGGAAAAGAAAACAUCGACAUUUUACCUAGAUUUGCCUUUUAACGGCCUGUAACUCGUUAGGUCGCGGCAGAAAUACACUUGAAGUAAUCGCCCGAAAAAAAAAGAAAGCUAGACGAAGCAGACAUAAAAACCCUCUUAAUACUUGGGUGACUAUCGCGACUCUAUCGUAUAUCGUUUCACAGGUGCUGCGAGCCUGUCCUCGCUGUACAUUGUGCUUGCCGUUCUCCUACCAUUAUUCAAGAGAGCUCUAGAGCAAUCAUGUCGUCGCCCGUAACAGAGCUUGAGGCUGGCUUGAAUGCCAUGCAAAAUCUUAAACCACCAGGAGUUACUCAAUCCCGUAUUGUGGCACUGACAAGCUUGUGUGUCGAUAACGUCCAGUCGGAAUCCGUACUCAUCCAGAAGAUCUACACCCACUUCAAGAAAGCCCCCGCAACUCAUAAGUUAGGAGUGCUCUACGUCGUAGAUUCCGUAACUCGCAAAUGGGUUGACCAGGCCAAACAUCAAGGCCAGCCUAUCAAUAGCUCUGCAAAGGAUGGAACCUACGCUGCCGGCGUGCAUAGAGUAACGGAAUUGCUUCCUGUGCUUAUGAAUGAUAUUUUUCAGAACGCCCCCGGAGAACAAAAGGACAAGAUCAAAAAGCUUAUUGAUAUCUGGGAGAAGGGCCAGACGUUCCCUCGACCUAUGAUCGAGUCAUUCAAAGAAAAAAUGAAAUCAUUUGCUGCGAAAGACGAAUCCACAACGCCGAUUGGCAGUCCUCCUCCAGGUCCUGGUUUGCCAGGUUUGUCUGAAAAUAAGCCACAUACUGUCGAGGCUCCCAACGCAAUCAUGGAGGCUCUCGCCAACAUCGCCCGGCAGAAUGUCACGGCUACGCCCACCACCAUCACCAACAACAACAACAUUCCGGCUCCGGCCAGCACAUAUAGCGUGCCACCCCCACAGACAAGUGCUACUCAUGCUCCUAUUCUUCCUUUAACUCAAACUCAGCCUCCUGUCUCUUAUUCAGCACCUCCGCAACCUGUAAAUCUGCCGGGAAUGCCGUAUCCAUUCCCUCAACCGGGUCAAGUUCAGGCUCAAACCCCUGUGCCCCAGGUGAAUGCUAGUAACCAAGCCCCCGGCUUCCCGGGUGUAGCUCCCGCUGCUGUCCCCGCAGCACCGGCUCCUGGUAUGGACCCUAAUGUGCAGCAGCAAGUUAUGUUGAUCAAGCUUCUUGCCGACCAGGGCGUGCCGUUCGAUAAAAUACCAGCCAUCAUAGCUAGCAUGCAGAGUACUAGUAUUUCUGUGCCCCCUGCUACCAAUUCAGCUGCAGCGGCCCCGGUAGGUCAGCCUCCGUAUGCUGGUUCGUGGGGUCAGGGUGGCUACCGACCUGACGAAUCACGUGAUCACGAUUAUCAGCAAGUGAGAUCUCCAAAUAGAUAUCGAAAUAGAUCGAGGUCGCGUUCGCCCCCGCGCCACUGGGAUGCGCGUGACUCCCCACGUGGUCGCUCUGAUCGUGAAUUUGGCAGCUACGGGCGUAACUCUCCUGGUCUGGGACGUACCAGCGGAACCGGAUAUCGACAGCGUAGCCCUGGACGCCGUGGCCGCAGCCCAAGCCCUGCGCACGGCUUUUCCCAGCCCGCUACUAAAUGGGUUGAAUUUGACAGGACCAUCCCCCAGGGCCACAUCAAAGUUCUAAGUAGAACCUUAUUCGUAGGAGGUGUCACGUGCCCAGAGAGCGAGCUACGCAGUGUCUUCAAUCGACACGGCCAAGUCCAGACCUGCAUUGUCAACAAAGAUAAGCGCCAUGCAUUUGUGAAGAUGGUGACUAGACGAGAUGCUGUUAACGCCAAGGAAGCUAUGGAGAGUAGUACCUUUCGGACUCGUUGGGGAGUGGGGUUCGGUCCGCGUGACUGUAGUGACUACCAAACUGGCAUCAGUGUGAUCCCCAUAAGUAAGUUGACUGAGGCUGACCGAAAGUGGAUGUUGACUGCCGAAUAUGGCGGAAGUGGUGGCCGUCCUAUCGAGACAGGCAUGGUUGUCGAGGAGCCAGAUAUCGAGAUUGGUGCUGGUGUCUCAUCAAAAGCCAUAAGUCGGCGCAUGCAGACCGAUAAGGGUGGAAGACACGGGCCAAAGUCCAGCCGUGGUCCGGGCGAGAACGAUGACGGAGAUCUUACUAGAUGGCGACGAAAUCGGGAUCCACGACGAGACGACGGUCAGGAUGAUAGGAAUGGAGUUGCUACUGGGCCGGCUGUGCCGUCAUUUCCUUUUGGAAUCGGAACGGGACCCAACGGAAUGCCGGUCUUCCCGCCGGGAUUUGCGUUUCCAGCGCCUCCUGCCGACCAGUAGGACUGGCUGGAUGCAAGUGGAUAUGGAAGAAAUUGAUUGGGUUUGAUUGGUGCCCGGAUCUUUGGUACCCACCGGACUUCCAGGGAGCUUUCAGUAUUUCUCGCCGAAUAAUCCUAAUGGAUGGUUGCAGAUCGAGAUCAUUUUCAAUAACACACAGCCUGCAACCAGUUUUAUGAAUCAUGCAGCAUGAAACGGCGUUGGUGGUAUUCUGCGUUAGGCUUCAUAGGACCAGAGAUGUGCUUUCGUUGGACGCGGAGCUUCGUUGAUAUUGACGUCGCAUUAUACUAGUCAUCUUCGAGUAUAGGUCGAUGGACAACUGCAUCAGGGCGACCCGUCUCAUUCAUUGUAUUCUUUUUCUUUAACCCAGGCAAUUCUGGCAUUGGCUUACACGACUAAGACACUGUUGGUACAGAUUGCAUAAUGUAUAGUAUUCCGCAGAAUUCAGCAGAAAGGGCGUUAAGGACAAGAAAAAAAAGGGUGAGAGGCUGCAUUUUUAGCAGCUUCUUUUUCUGAAAGAUUCUGAAGCGAGGCAGCUUCACAGACACCUUCGGUUAGGUUAGGUAGCUGUUGUCAAGGUUGUUACUACAUAAAUCUCCGCGUACGAAUGUGUUCCGCUCCCUUAUUGAGAUAUUAAGGUAUAGUCGGAUAGUAAUGCUAAAUGAGCCUCGUUGAAUUCAUA